GACGCCGUGCGUGGCGUGGUUGAAGAUCUCGACGCUGCGCCACUCUACGCCAGAGAAUAUCUUUGCGGAGCCUUGGCUGCAGCUGCGGGUCGGUGAAUGCAUGGUGUCCACCGACGGAGCCCGACCAGUAGCCGCAAAAGACGUGGACGCCGCUGGCGAAGAGGCCGUUUCGAGCUUUAUGUUCCUCAGCUGAUCUCGGAAGCAACGCAGCCAUGGGCGUGGAAGUCGAGACGAUAUCUCCCGGCGAUGGCAAAACGUUUCCAAAGAAGGGCCAGACGUGUGUUGUUCAUUACAUAGGAAUGUUGCAGAACGGGAAAAAGUUUGACUCCUCCAGAGACAGGAACAAGCCCUUUAAGUUCAAGAUCGGGCGCUCAGAGGUCAUCAAGGGCUGGGAGGAAGGGAUCCCACAGAUGAGCCUCGGCCAGAGGGCUAAGAUCACCUGCACGCCAGACAUGGCUUACGGGGCGACGGGCCACCCCGGCGUCAUCCCCCCAAAUGCAACACUCAUUUUCGAUGUGGAACUGCUCAAGAUGGAGUGACGCCUGCGAUUUUAAAAAAUAUAUACACAUAUAUACAAAAAGGCAGAAGGUUCAUGAAGAUGCAUUCUCCACAACCUGUUACCACAGGGAGACCAUACCUGGCUGCUGCCCCCUCACCCUGCCCUCCACCCGCUCUUUGAUAUCUCCAGGUUCGAUAUAUGAACUGAUCUAGCGCCGCUCCAUCGCUGUCGUAAUAACAACUGAAGGAUCCCGUUCAUCAACAUCACGCGAGACGCUGCAGCACACACACGCCACUCUUUGGUUUCCGUGCGUUAGAGAUGCUUUGUUUGUCGCUUUUCAUUUCGAGUUGUACAUUUUGUUGAAUCCAGAGUUACUAGAGCCGUGUUACAUUUCUGCCUUACAGUUUCAACAACAGGGUAGGGUACAACACUACCGCUCUGUAUACUGACUGGGCAUUAUAUACCACUGUCUGCAUUGACACUUUGAGAAAGGUCUGUCCUGCUGGAUGCUCUGAUUGAUGCUGCUAUGUUUAGUACGUUUUAUAUCCCUCAUAACCAUUUACUGCGACUGUGCCCUAUCCUGUCGAAAUCAACCCAAUACUGUACAGAUCUCUGCUACAGCUACGACAGUUUAUCGACCAACUCUUAAAUAAAAAUGGCAUGUACUAUA